UCAAAGACGAUUUGCCUUGAGAUAUAGUACUUUGUAGGCAGUCAUACAAUAGUGCGGUCGAUCAAGAAAGUAUAAUGCUCCGAUAUAACUUGUGUUGGUGUGUAUUCUACGAUGAGGUAACGCUCAAAUCAGGUCGUGGUUGUUUUCGUUUGGGACCGCGCCCGUUAUGGAUCGCAUGGAUUGUUGCGAAGCUUUACCAUACAAACCAACAAACCAUCGGACAGUCAGACAGUACACCUGCACGCCUGAAGACCACAGCUAAGAUCUCUCUUAUCUUUUUAUCUUUCUCUUCCCUCUCAUUCCAGUGCUUUACCCUGCAACAGACUCUCUAUUUUUCAAAUGCACUUCCCAUUGAAGUUCAUUAGAGCUGGACUAUUAUUUCCCUGCCAGAAGUGUUUGGAGGGACAUUUUAGUAGGUUGCUUGCAAGUUGUAUAUAAUGUGAACUGUAUUGAGGUGGGGUGUACUAAUGACAUGUGGCCGUGAAGACUGUGGACAUUUUUAAGGCCUUUGUUGUGUCGAUGAACACCCCCCACAUUCAUACCCUCUGCACUCAUCCACUAGAAAAUAAUAAUACAGAUUAUUGCAAAUCCUAUGUUGAUGACUGGGUUCGUUCUUGUAUGAAGUUGCUGUUGAAUUGCUCUGCCAUUAUUAGUAUUAGUAGUAUUGUAUGAGGUAUUCUUGUUUGGGUUACCCCUGUGUUGUGAUGUGGGUUUUAUAUGGUGUGUAUUCUCUUUUCUCUCCACUGGCUAUCUGGUAAACAGGCUACACUCUAGGCAGUCUCUUAUGCUGAUGUGUGUGUGUCUGGUAGUGGUACUCUCUAUUCUACUCUUUUCCUUUCGGCAUGGUUAAUACCUGCCUGGCGCCUGAACAAAAUCUUUCUUUACCCUCUCUAAUAAAUACCGCUACAAUGUAUCAUAAAAAAUGCUGAAUUCUGACUAGAUGGUUACAAGGUGAGAGAUUGUAAACCCCACUACCUUGAUUAACCUGGGACUGAUAGUUGUACUGUAAUUUCUGUUUUAGUGUGAUCAAGCAACUGAGCAUGCCGUUUGUGGAAUUCAUAGCAGGAUGCCUCUCAGGAGCAGUAGGGUUGGCUUUUGGUCAUCCAAUGGACACAGUGAAGGUGCGUCUGCAGACCCAGGUUAAAUACAAGGGGAUUUGUGACUGUGUGGCUAGGACAUACACUCGUGAAGGGAUCCCUGGGUUCUUCAAGGGCAUGACAUUUCCUGUCCUGACUACUGGCAUCACCAACGCUGUGGUCUUUGGUUCCUAUAGCAAUGCUUUAGACUGCCUCACCCAGUCCCAACGGAAUGACCGAAUCCAAGGCAACCCUGCCUCGGCAUCAGCAGUCUUCGCAGCUGGCUGUUUCUCAGGUCUGGCACAGGUGGUGGUUACUGCGCCUGUUGACCUGGUGAAGGUACGCUUGCAGUCCCAGACCAAGGGCUGGGCUGGGGUCGGUGGUGGUGGGUAUCGAGGUCCCAUUCACUGUGUGACUGUCAUCCUGAGGGAGGAGGGGCCAAGGGGACUGUUUCGAGGGGGGUUGGCUCUUACCCUGAGAGAUGUACCCUGCUAUGGAAUCUACUUCUUGCCUUACGAAAUCACCUGCAGGUUUCUGACGGAAGAAGGCAAACGGCCAGGCACAUUUGCAGUAUUGAUGGCGGGUGGGGUGGCAGGCGUGGUGACGUGGGCCUUUGCCACGCCCAUGGAUGUGGUGAAAGCGCGGCUGCAGAUGUCCGGUGCUGGGGGCCGGGUGUACCAGGGGGUCCUGCACUGCAUGAGUGUGAGUCUGAAGGAGGAGGGGGUGAGAGUGUUCUUUAAGGGGCUCCUCCUGAACAGCCUGAGGGCCUUCCCUGUCAACGCCAUCACCUUCCUCAGCUAUGAGAGCCUGAUGCGUUUCCUCACCCGGCCGUCUGCAGACUGACCACAAGACUAUAUGCAUCUCCUGGAUACACUCCGGUCGUACCAAAUGAUGGAAAGAAUAGCAACAUUGGAUGGGCAAACCAUUAUGUGAAAUGAACUGGUAUAUACAGUAUACCUUAGCAUGCUAUACUCAGAAUUAUAUCUGCUAAACUGGAGUUUCACACUUUGUGUUAUCCUCAAUGUGGGCACUCAGACAGGGCUCAUGAUGCUGUUUUAGUAGGACACAGUGCUGUGAUAUCAUAGGGUGUCACCAUACUUAUGGAUGCAAACUGUCAUACAGCAUCACCUCUCACAGAGCUAUGGUACCAUCAGUAUUUUAUAUCAUGAGACAACAAAACCUUGAAUAUGAAAAACACCUGGAAACCAAAUGUUUAUACCAAGACAUGGUGUAUUUAUGUACGAACUUCAUAGCCUUCAUUUAUAAAAACUUUUUAAUAAACAAAAUGUGAAGCAAAUGGGAAUGUAGUUGGUUUAUUGCUGACAACCAAUCCUCAAUUCAAAUAAACUUUUAGUUAAACCCCCUUCCCCAAAAUGUAAACAUUUAGUAAAAUGAUGCAUCUUUUACUUAAUGAUUCACCCCUUUGGAUUUAUUCACAUUUUGUUGAUUGACAAAGUGGGAUUGAAAUGGACUUAGUUGUGAUUUGUCAUUGAGCAUCACAGAAUACCAAAGUGAAAAGAUUUCAAAAAUGUUAACAUAUAACAGUUGUUGCAAAACUAUUCAGCCCUUUUGUUUAGAGAAGCCUAAAUUAGUUCAGGAGUCAAAUGCGGCUUAACAAAUCACAAGUUACAUGGACUAAUAGGGGUUGACAUUUAUUUUAAUGACUACCUCUUGCUCUGUCCCCAAUACAUACAUUGAACUACAAAGACUAGGUGGCUUUUCAAAAGCCUCAGAAGGGCAGUGAUUGGUAGAUUAAAUAUCUGAUCUGGUAUUGUUAUCCAUCUUUAAGCAUGGUCAAGUUUUAUGCUGUGGAUGAUGUAUUAAACCACACAGACAGUCGUUCUUCUCAACUGAGCUGCAAGACAGGAAGGAAACUGCUAAGAGAUGUUACCAUUGGUGCUUUUAAAACCGCUCCAGUUAAAUGGCUGUGAAGGGAGAACUGAGGAUGGAUCAACAUUUGUUACUCCACAAUGAAAUGUAAAGAAUAACCUUUCUGGCCUAAAUGCAAAACCUUAUGCUUGAGACAAAUCCAACAAGUCACUGAGUAACUGCCGCCUCCUUUUCAAGCAUGGUGGCUGCAUCAUGGUAUGGGUAUGAUUGACGUUGGCAAAGACAGGAGUUUCAGGAUAAAAAUAAAUGGGAUGGAGCUAAGCUUUACACCAGAGGAAUUUACCUUUCAGCAUGACAAUAACCAACAACCCAAGGCCAAAUCUACACUGUAGCAGGACAAUAACCUACAACACAAGGCCAAAUCUAUACUGUAGACAGUGGAUGUUCCAAGUGGCCAAGUUACAGUUUUGACUUAAAUCUGCUUGGAAAUCUAUGGCAAGACUUAAAUGGCUGUCUAGCCAUGAUCCUCAACACCUUCCCAGAUCUUGCACAAUCCAGGUAUGCUAAAGCUCUUAAGAGACUUACCUAAGAAAAUCACAGCUGUAAAUUGCUGCCAAAGAUGAUUCAGGAGAGUGAAUACUUAUCCAUUCAAGGUAUAGUUAUUUUUAAUUUACAUUCUAAUAAAAUAUUCCACUUUGACAGAGCAAUAAUGUAGAUCAAUUACAAAAAAACUUAAAUUAAUUUCAGUCCCACUUUGUAACGCAACAAAAUCCAAGGGGGUGAAUACUUAUAAUACCCACUGUAUUUCAUAAUGUCCGAUAGAAGGUCAUCUCUUCAUACUUGUCUAGUCACAAUGCUAACCCAUGUAAAAGCAAAUUCAUUAACUUGUAACAAAAAUGGAAAGGAAAAAAAUACAAACAUUAAAUUUGGA